AUGGCGGCUGGAGGUGCCGUCCAGGAGCUCUGCGAGGAAGCCUCUUGCUCCAUCUGCCUCGACUAUUUCAGGGAUCCCGUCAUGAUCGUUGAGUGCGGCCACAGUUUCUGCCGCGCCUGCCUGACCCGCAGCUGGGCGUCGGGGGCCGAGGCUUCCUGCCCUCAAUGCAGAGGGAGAGCUCGGAAGAGGAACCUCCGGCCCAACCAGCAGCUGGCAAACUUUGUGGAAAUAAUCCAGAAACUCAGUCUGCAAGAGGGAAAGGGGGCAGAAGGCGAGGGGGGCGUCUGCGAGAAGCACCAGGAGCCCCUGAGGUUUUUCUGCGUGGAAGACGAAGCCCCCCUCUGCGUGGUCUGCAGCAGAUCCAAGGAGCACAAAGACCACCAGGUGAUUCCUCUGGAGGAGGCUUUGCAAGAAAAGAGGGAUCAGUUCUGCAACCGUCUGGAGAUGCUGAAGAAGGAGAGGGAAAGAAUUGUGGCGUGUAAAGCAGAUGUAGUGAAGGAAAGCCAAGACUUGCUCAAGCAAGCUACAGGAGAGAAGCAAGAGACGGCAGCCAAGUUCAGGCAACUAUACUCAUUUCUGGAGGAGCAAGAGAAACUUCUGCUGGCCCGGAUGGAAGAGGUGGAGAAGGAGGUGGCAAGAAACAGGGAUCAGCACCUGACUGAACUCUCUGAAAAACUCUCCUCUCUGGACAGCCUCAUCUGGGAGAUGGAGGAGAAAUGUCAGCAGCCAGCCAGUGAACUCCUGCAGGAUGCCAGAAGUACCUUGCAGAGGUAUGAAGAAAAAGAGGUGUUUGAGGAUCCAGUGGCUUUUCUUCUUGCACAGAAGGGGUGCAUCUUGGACUUCUCCGAUCUAAAUCUCUUUUUGGAGGGCAUCAAGAAUCAAUUCAAAGAAACUCUGAAUUCUGGACUUGACCUGCAGAAAGCAAAUGUGACUCUGGAUCCGGACACGGCCCAUCCCCAACUCUUCCUGUCUGAGGAUCGGAAGAGCGUGAGAUGGGGAGAAAAAGCUCAAUCUCUGCCCAGCAACCCUGAGAGAUUUGAAAACUGUUACACUGUUCUGGGCCGUGAGGGAUUCACAGCAGGCAGCCAUUUCUGGGAAGUCCUUGUGGGAAGUGAGGAAGGAUGGGCUGUGGGGGUGGCCAGAAAGUCCGUGAGGAGGAAGGGAUGGAUCACCCUUAGUCCUGAGAAAGGGAUCUGGGCUGUGGGGAAGUGGGGGGGCUGCUACUGGGCUGCCUUAAAAGGCCAAUUCCUUCCCCUGUCCCUGACCGGGGAGCCCAAGAGGAUCCGAGUCUGCCUGAACUACGCUGGGGGCCGAGUGGCCUUUUUCGACGCUGAUCGGGGAUCCCUGAUCCACGAGUUCUCUGGAGCCUCCUUCUCUGGAGAGACCCUCCUGCCCUACUUUCGGGAAUCGGCUCUCUUCCUCGUCCAGCUCUCACGCCCAUGCACAGAGGAGGGCUGUUUGGGGAGGGACAGCGCCACCUUCUGGCCGAUGUUUCCACACCUGAGAGUGAUUUGCAGGAGGGGGCUCGCCCCGUCGCUGCUCCGAAACGCGCGAAAACCAAACCAGUUCCCCUCCUCUUCCUCCCUCCCGGGAGCCAUGGCGGCCGGGGGUCUCGUCCAGGAGCUGUGCGAGGAAGCCUCUUGCUCCGUCUGCCUGGACUACUUCAGGGACCCGGUGACCAUUGCAGAGUGCGGCCACAACUUUUGCCGCGCCUGCCUGACCCGCAGCUGGGGGGCGUCUAGGGCAGAAACGUCCUGCCCCCAGUGCAGAGGGAGAGCGCAGGAAGGGACCCUCCGGCCCAACCAGCAGCUGGCCAACUUUGUCCAAAUAGCCAAAAAAUUCACCCUUCAGGAGGGAAAGGAGGCAGUUUGCCAGAAGCACCAGGAGCCGCUGAAGCUCUUCUGCAAGGACGACAAAGCCCUCAUCUGUGUGGUCUGUGACCGAUCCAAGGAGCACAGAAAUCAUGAAACCCUUCCUCUUGAGGAGGCCUCCCAGGAGUACAAGGAUCAGUUCUGCAACUGUCUGGAGAGGCUGAAGAAGGAGAGAAAAAGAAUUGUGGCAUGUAAAGCAGGCGUAUUAAAGGAAAGCCAAGACUUGCUCAAGCAAACCACAGGAGAGAAGCAAGAGACGGUAGCCAAGUUCAGGCAACUACACUCAUUUCUGGAGGAACAAGAGAAACUUCUUCUGGCCCAGAUGGAAGAGGUGGAGAAGGAGGUGGCAAGAAACAGGGUCCAGCACCUGGUCAAACUCUCUGAGGCUCUUUCCUCUCUGGACAACCUCAUCCAGGAGAUGGAGGAGAAGAGUCAGCAGCCGGCCAGUGAACUCCUGCAGGAUGCCAGAUGCACCUUGCAGAGGUACAAAAAAAGGGAGGUGUUUGAGGAUCCAGUGGCUUUUCCCCUUGCACAGAAGUGGCGCAUCUGGGACUUCUCCGAUCUAAAUCUAUUUUUGGAGGGUAUCAAGAAGCAAUUCAAAGACACUCUGGAUUCUGGAUUUUACUUGCAGAAAGCAUGUGUGACUCUGGAUCCAGACACGGCCCAUCCCGGACUCCUCCUGUCUGAGAACUGGAAAAGCGUGAGAGAUGGAGAAAAAGCUCAAGCUCUGCUGGACGAUCCUGAGAGAUUUUCCACAUAUACUGCUGUGCUGGGCUGUGAGAGAUUCACAGCAGGCCGCCAUUUCUGGGAAGUCCUUGUGGGAAGUGAGGAAAGAUGGGCUGUGGGGGUGGCCAGAGAGUCUGUGAGGAGGAAGGGAAGGAUCACCUUUGGUCCCGAGAGAGGGAUCUGGGCUGUGGGGAAGUGGUGUGGGCACUACAGGGCUUCCAUAAAAGGACAAUACCAUCCCCUGUCCCUGACCAGGGAGCCCAAGAGGAUUCGAGUCUGCCUGAACUACGCUGGGGGCCGAGUGGCCUUUUUCGACGCUGACCGAGGAGCCCUGAUCCACGAGUUCUCCGGAGCCUCCUUCUCUGGAGAGACCCUCCUGCCCUUCUUUUGGGUGAAUUCAAAAGCCCACCUCAAGCUCUCUUCUUCUUAA